CCUUCAUUCUAUUCCAUUAUGCAAAUUGCGUUCCAUUUCCAUGACGUCACACAGCAGCCGUGAUAUCGCUGAGUCUUUCUGAGGAUUCAUAUGCUAUUAGGAGUAUCAUCGGUGACAGACGCUAAUUUUCUGAGUGAAUUUGCAACACAGAGAGUUAGUCUAGCUUUAGUCAAAGAGACAGCGCGAGUGAAAUUAUCUUUUGACAAAAGUCUUCAUAUCUAAACGCACAGUGUGCAGACUUUACAGUCUACAGAGUCUACUACACAAAGUGCAGAAUUGCAGAUAAAUUACCACAAUGCACACAUUUGAUACAUUUACACCGGACAAUAUGUCUUCAAGAUUAUCGUCCAUGUCUGAGGAGAGCGUAGAGAGUCAGUUGAGUCUUGGCUCUCAGAGUGUCACGGAGGCCCCUCCUGAGGAGAAGAGCUCAACAGUUUCAGAAAAGCAUGGCAGCAGGAGGAAGAAGAACAUAAUUUCGUCUUUCUUCAAGAAAGUACGUAAGGCUGUGAAGCUUCCCUUCUGCUCCAAGAACACAGUGGACUGUCAACCACAGCCGGACCCACAGUUUGACAACCCUACACCUAGCCUGGAAGGGCGAAGUGAUGCCGCUUUAUCCAGUUCGGAUAGCUGCCCAGAGCAGUCCAGCUUUACACUUCCAGGUGAAGUGCUUGUUGAGCCAGUAGGAGCUUCAGCUUGCCUGAACCUAAAGACAUUAUCCAGAUUAGAUGACUCUACACCUAACGUCAUCUCUGAGGACAGUACAGAGAGACUGAAAUUGGAGGCUUCAGUUACAAAAAAGGGUACAGAAGAACAUAGGAAGAGGAGAGGAAUCCACUCUUUCCUCAAGAGCGUGUGGAAGGCUGUGAAAAAGCCUUUCUGCUGCCAGGACAAAGUGGAGCCUUUUGUUCCUCCGCCAGAACUGGAUGAUCCUGAGCCGUCACCUGUCCCAGAGUCUUCAGACUGCGCCCCCACUAAUGAAUCCCUUCGCUCUCGCUAUAAAGUGCAAAAGAUUAUUGGAGAAGGAGGCUAUGGCAAGGUGUAUGAGGGAAUCCGUAUUUCUGAUGGCAAAAAGGUUGCCAUCAAACGUAUUCAAAAGACUGUACGGGAUCAGUAUCUUCAAACUACUGUGCAUCCCAAACCUCUUAUUACCGAAGUUGCGCUGAUGCUAAUGAUGAGGCAAGGACCCAUAAGCCCCUACGUCAUCCAACUAUAUGAGUGGUUUGAGCACCCUCAAGUAUUCACUCUCAUUAUGGAGAAUCCGGAUCCCUGCGAGAGCUUGUUUGACUUCAUCAACAACAAUCCUAACAUGAAUGAGAAGACAGCACGGCUCAUCAUGUGUCAGGCGGUGCAAGCAGUACAGCACUGCAUUGAGCGCGGUGUUUUUCAUAACGAUAUUCAUCCAGAGAAUAUCCUGUUGAGAAAACACACUUUGGAGCUCAAGCUGAUAGACUUUGGCUGUGGUCAACUACUUAGUAGUAAUGGCUACUAA